AUGAUCAACUACAUCCUCCUCGUUUCGCGGCAAGGUAAAGUCCGCCUUGCGAAAUGGUUUACGACAAUGCCGCCCAAGGCCAAGGCCAAGAUUGUCAAGGAUGUCACGCAACUUGUAUUAGCUCGCCGGACGAGGAUGUGCAAUUUCUUGGAAUACAAGGAUACCAAGGUGGUGUACCGUCGAUAUGCGUCGUUAUUCUUUGUGUGUGGAAUUGGCUCAAGCGAUAAUGAGUUGGUGACGCUGGAGAUUAUCCACCGAUAUGUGGAAGUGCUGGAUCGGUAUUUCGGGAAUGUUUGCGAGCUGGAUCUGAUAUUCAAUUUCCAAAAAGCCUAUGCUAUAUUGGAUGAGCUGAUUAUUUCUGGGGAGCUACAGGAGUCGUCAAAGAAAUCCGUGCUCCGUGUGGUAACGCAAUCGGACACGGUGGAGGAACAGGAAAACUCGGAGGACACGAUAGGACGACUGGGAUCACGCGUCGGUUAGGACCCUCGAUUGAAUUGAAAACGUAUCUUUGAAUUUUAUUUUUUUUGCAAGGUCCCAUGAUGUAGGGCAGGAGUGCCAGUGCCUACAUAUUAUAUAUAAUAUGGAGAUUAUAGUUGGUGGAGCGGAAGCCCGGCUGCAAUGCUCUUCCGAGUAUUGGCGGAAAUAUAUUUUGAACCGUUUUUGGGUGAAAUGGAAGAUGAAAAUGAAGUGAAGGUAGCAAGGGUGGUAAAGUGGGCGUAAGUAGGGCACUCGGCAGCCUUUCUCACUGCCAAGCGUGCGUGAUUCUCAGCGAUGAAGCGGGUCACCGAAACAGGCGAAAUUGGGACCAAGACUCGCCGUAUCAUCCAAUCAGAGGCGGUGCCUGGCGGGAUCAUAUCUAAAUAAAAGGCCCCCAUUUUCGGCUCGAAUCCCAUCCUUAUAACCCUUUACCCAACUACCACCAUCUCCCUCAUUCCCGUC